AACGCGAAUUUCCCUUAACCUUUGAGGAUCCAAAAAACCGAUCAAAUAACCGAAGCUUUGAAGAUCAAAAUAUGUCUUCACUUGCAGCUGCUAGGGCGGACAACUUUUACUAUCCUCCAGAAUGGUCUCCCAAGAAGGGUUCACUGAACAAAUUCAAUGGCCAACAUGCUCUCCGAGAGAGAGCAAGAAAGAUAGACCAGGGCAUUUUAAUUAUAAGGUUCGAGAUGCCAUACAAUAUCUGGUGUGGAGGAUGUGAGUCGAUGAUUGCCAAGGGUGUGAGGUUCAAUGCUGAGAAAAAGCAAGUAGGAAACUAUUACUCCACAAAGAUAUGGAGCUUUAGUAUGAAAAGUGCAUGCUGCAAGCAUGAAAUUGUCAUUCAAACAGAUCCAAAGAACUGUGAGUAUGUAAUUAUAAGUGGAGCUCGAAAGAAGAUCGAAGAUUAUGACGCUGAAGAUGCUGAAACCAUGAUACUUCCAGUAGAUGAAGAUAAAAGUAAGCUAGUGGAUCCUUUUUAUCGGCUGGAGCACCAGGAGGAAGACUUGAAGAAGAAGAAAGAAGCUGAGCCUUUACUUGUUCGUCUUCAGCGAGUGUCUGAUACUAGACAUUCAGAUGAUUAUGCCAUGAACAAGGCUCUGCGAGCCAAGCUUAGGACUCAAAAGAAAAGAGUUGCCGAAGAAGAGGCUGCUUCUAAGAAGAUUGGACUUGGUAUUAGGUUAUUACCACCAUCUGCAGAGGAUGCUGCAACUGCUGCAAGUGUUAAAUUUGCUCAUAAGUUCGAUAGGAACAGAAGGGAUAAACGAGCCAUUAUUUACUCUGGUUCAAUCUUUUUUGAAUCGUCUGGUUCUUCUAAGCGGUCAGAGUUAGAAUCUAAGAGGAGAAAAAUAAACGCGGCUGCUGCAUCAAAGUUGCUGGUUGGAGGAUUUAAGCCUUCAUCAUGGUCUGAAGCUGCUGCUUCAUCUAAGAAACAAAGGAGAAUUUAACAAAAUGCUUUCCAGUGCUUUCCUCCUGCCUAUAUUUUUAGAUUCUUGGUUAACCUCCCGGUCGAGAAUUGAGUUUAAAAUUUGUUGCCUUCUACUUAUAGUUAGUUUUUACUUUGUUAAUUGUCCGGUAGGCAGCUGAGUUACGUGUACAGAGUUAUUGAUUUCGAGUGUUUCUCCUUUUGCUUCUAACUGUGCUUGUAUUUGUCAAUCUGAAUAAAAGAGAAUCUGUAUCCAUCACAGCAAGCUAGAUGUGUAAAUCUUUUUGUAGCUUUCAGCAUACCGAGAUUGCCGGAAAUGCUUGAAAAUUGAUUUCAGUAGUAUAGUGAAUCGACUUGGGAUUCAAGCAUUCAUGUUUUGCUUGGUUUUUAAUGAACUAUACAAAGUUAUGUUAA